AUGAGCUAUGAGUACGAGGACCAAUUAGGAGAAGAGUUGGUUAAUUUUCUUGAAGUUAACAUUAAUGAAGAAGAGCUGGUUAAUUUUCCUGAAGUUAACAUUAACAAAAAAGAGUUGGUUAAUGUUAACAUUCAUGAAGAAGAAGUUGGUUAA